GUUCGUCUAGAUCUGUAUUUUUACUAUUUUAGCAAUAAGAUUUAAUUAAUUUACUCUACCGGAUAGAGAGGAAUUACAAAAAAAAAAAGAGGAGAUAUGGUAGGCGGACGCGGCGGAACUGGUGGUGGUGGUAACAGAGAGGAGGCGGAUCGGUGGCUUGUUACAUCGGAGAAGCUUCUAGCGUCUAGUGAUCUUCAAGGAGCCAAGACAUUUGCGAUCCGCGCAUGCGAAGCUGACCCGACCCGAGCAGAAGCUGCUGACUACAUCCUCGCAAUCUGCGACAUUCUUCUCGCCGGAGAGACUCGUUUAGGUCAUUCCAACUUGCCGGACUGGUAUGCCGUGCUCCGCCUCGGUCGUUUAGCUCAAAACCCUGAACACGUCGCGACUCAGUACCGUAGACUCGCUCUUCUCCUCAAUCCUUCCGUUAACCGUCUCCCCUUCGCCGAUCGGGCUUUCAAAACCAUCUCUGAUGCUUGGUUCGUGCUCUCUGAUCCGUCCAAGAAGUCAUUGUACGACCGAGAAUUGCAACUGAGUCAACUUGGCCAAUCUGGUUUCCAUCCCCAAACCCAAACGCAGCAACAAUUUCACUGGAAACCUAGCAAUUGCACCAACGCAGCACAAGAGCAGCCUUCAGCUAUGUCGCAGAGCCAGGCUGGGACCUCGACUGAUCCUAUGGCCACGAGCUUCUGGACCGCUUGCCCUUACUGCUUUGUACUCUUUGAGUACCCUAAGGCUUACGAGGAAUGCACUUUGAAAUGUCAAGAAUGUAGAAGAGCCUUUCAAGCUGUGACGAUACCAAAACCUCCGGUGGAGGGGAAAGACGACGAAGAUGUUUACUUUUGCUCAUGGGCUUUGUUUCCAUUAGGGUUUUCCGGUGAAUUCAAAUCCCCCAGUUGGUCACCUAUUUCACCUCUCUUUCCUUGUCCGCUGCAAAGGGUGGAUAAUGAAUCAACCCUGAAGAAGAGAAAGGAACCGGCUCCUCCAAGAAUUUAUUAUGAUGAUGAUGACAUAUAUGUCGCUAUUUCCGAUGAUGAUGAGGCUGGUGACGAUAAUGAUGAUUGGCGAGAUGAAGUACAAAUGAAUAAGAAGGCGAAUGCUGGGAAAGGGAAAGAAACAGUUGUGAGAAGUAACAAGAGACAUGGAGUUGAGAAAGUCCAAAAUGUAAAAAGCGUCCGUAGUGUUGGCAAUGCCACAGUUUCAAUUGCUUCAGAUGCCGUGGCUGUUGGUUCCUCAUCUGGGUUUAUGUCUAAACCGGUGAGUUAUAUUACUAGAAAACGAAUGGGAACAGGAGCCAAGAACCUGGGGAGGUUGGAUUUGAAUGUGGAGUUCAGUAAUGAAGUGGAAGAGCCUGCUGUGGCAGGUGGGAGAAACGAAGGCAAUGGGCUCGGAAGUAACAGGGAGGUAGAUAAUAUGGAAGGGAUUGGGUUCUUUGAGGGCCUUGAUGAAUUCUUGAAUAGUUUGCCCAUACUUUCUGUUGUUGGAGAUGAUAAGAUCAAGGCUACUUAGUGAAGUUUCUUUUGUUGGACAAGAAUUAUGUUUCUCCAGCUCAAAAGGCCAUUAUGCAAUAUAGGUGUGUACAUGUCGUGGUUGCUGCUUCUGUCUGUUUCUGUUCAUUCACUAUAGACAUUUUUGUGUUCUUUGCUUUCUGGACCGAAAACGAAGUGCGGUAAAGUGGCAAAACACACACUGCUUGCUUCUUUCAUCAUCUAUGCUUUGGAAGGUAAGGCAAAACACACAUUGCUAGCUUCUUUCAUCAUCUAUGCUUUAGAAGGUAAGGAAAACGAGUAAGCAAGCUUUUUUUUUCGAUGGUUUCUUUCUGGGGUCUAAGCCUCUAAGGUAAAAGACCGGCUUUAUAGUGACUCUUUUUGUGUAAUCAUUGUAGCUAGGUAUUCUCACGUACCUGUAAUGAGUGUAUGCAGAAACAACAAGAUACAGAAGCUAUUCAAGCAUGCUAUGUGCACGUUAUCUGGGUUUUUACAUGCUCCAGCUGUGCUCCAGUGAAUGUUCUAUUAUCUAACUGAUAAAAAGCUUGCUGAAGCCAUCAAUGAUGAAACUGUUUAGGCUAGGGUCCAUAUAUUUCUGUAUAAUCUGCUUUUCUCUAGUUGUGGUGAAGACAGUUCGUUGUGUCUUGUAUGUAUCUAUUUUGCUCUGUCUUCUUGACCAUUGUUUCUUACUUAUUGAUAACAUGUCUUGUCUGUAUGUUCCUUUUUUUUUUUUUUUUUUUUUUUUGUCAUCGUCUGUAUGUUCCUUUAGUUUGCUGUUUGUGCUUGUAAUUUGUAGAUUUCACUGUAACUGUUUCCUUUGCUAUAAAAUCUUAACAUUAAAACCAAAAAAAAA